AUGAUCAAAACCAACCUUGUCCUUUUUGCUGUUGCAGGCAUGGCUGUGGCUGGGCCUUGCAAACCUGGAAGCUCGACAGCACAAACCACGGGAGUUAGCGCCUCUUACUCAUCAUCUGUCCCUUCAAUUGUAACACUUACAUUUUCUACAACUGGAGCAUCGACCACCGACACGACUAAUGAGGAGGAGACUGAAAUGAUCUAUUCUACUCAGGUCGGCUCCGAGACAACUACCGAUACCACCUUCUUCUCCACCGAGACUGCCACAUUCGAGUCGACAGGCAAUUCCGUGACUGAUUUCUUUUCCGAUACGACUUUGGCUACUAUCGUGACAUUACUCGGCGCGAGCGAAACCACGUUAGAGGUUGCUGCAACAACCACAGCCGCUACUGAUGAGCCAUACGAAUGUGUCGGUUCAAUCAGAAUCCAGGAAGACCACUAUAUAGGUAUACGCGGAGGGUAUCAGGGCAAGCUGGUUUUCAGCGAAUGUGCCCAACUGUGUGAGGAUAGCUCAUCCUGUUAUGCCUUUGCUCACAAUUCGGCUGAUUCAUGUUGGACUGCUGCAACGGCCAGCGAUAUUGCAAGUGAGUCGGAAGCUUUGGGCUGGCAGAGUGGUAUAAAAGGAACAUGUCAUCGGGCCAAAUAA